CUCCAAUUGACCUCGUGUCUUAACAUAUAAACCAUAGUGAGCGACUUCGGGAGCUUUGCGCUUACGUUGGUUCAUAAAGCUCCAAUUCAUUUCCUCUCUUAUCUGCUGCCAGCGGACGAGAAGAUCGUCAAAAAGUGGCAGUUCGCGCCCCACCGCACAACGAGGAAUUUGCCCCGAGAGCUUUGCGCCCAAGCAAAAAUCGUCUCCCACACCAUGUCCGCGCAUUCAGAGGCUGUCAAAGCAAAUGAUGUUGAGCCUGCGACUGUGCAGACAACCUACAUUCGCGGUAAAAGCGACGGGGAUCAUGCUGUACCCGCAGACGACAACAGGGACGUUUCGCACGACCUGCCCGCGUACACGGACGGUGUAGAGGCUGAGCACCAAGGGGUCAAGAGAAGGGAGUGGUUCAGCUACUUUAAGACGAAGCAAUUUUGGAUCGUCCUUGUUGCCGGGCAAGCCAUCUCUUUGAUGUUGACUGGCACGAAUACGUUCUCUUCCCUACUCUCUGGCGCCGGCGCCAAUAUACCUGCCUUCCAGAGUUUGUUCAAUUACGUCUUGAUGGCCAUCGUAUGGACAGCAGUCUGCUGGCAUAAAUACGGAGUAAAAGGCUGGCUUAAUAUGAUCUACAAGCGUGGUUGGAAAUACUUAAUCCUUUCUUUCUGCGAUGUUGAGGGCAACUAUUUCACGAUCCUUGGUUAUCGCUAUACUACGAUUCUCAGUAUGCAACUUAUCAACUUCUGGGCUAUCGUCGUGGUCGUGAUUUUGUCCUUCCUUUUCUUGAAGGUCAGAUACAAUCUGUUUCAAAUUCUUGGUAUCUUAGUCUGCGUCGGUGGAAUGGGAGUUCUCUUCGGUUCAGACCACAUCACGCACGCAAACGACUUCCCAGCUGAGAACCAGGUCAAGGGCGACUUGUUUGCCCUACUUGGCGCCACUUUCUACGGUUUCUCCAACACUCUCCAGGAAUUUUUGGUGUCGGAGGCUCCCAUGUACGAGGUUCUCAGCAUGAUGGGCAUCUGGGGAGUAUGCAUCAAUGGCGUGCAAGCUUCCAUUUUCGAUCGCGGAUCGUUCGCAGCUAUGUUGAAGAUCUACGAACCCAAGAUUGGGGGCUGGAUCGCUGGCUUCGAUCUGCUCCUCUUCUUGUUUUACUCGCUCUGUCCGAUCAUCUUCCGAAUGGGCUCGGCUGCGUUUCUAAACAUCUCGCUCCUCACCAGCAACUUUUGGGGCACUAUUGUUGGUGUCCAGGUCUUCCAUCUCCACAUCCAUUGGAUGUAUCCCAUCGCAUUUGUACUCAUCAUUGUAGGACUCGUCGUUUAUUUCAUAAUGGACGGUAAGUGGGGUGAUUCUCUCAAGCCUUGGCUUGGUGAACGCCAAGAGCGUGGUAUCUCUGGCGUUGGCACUGCAAAGAGAAGGAUUGAAAACCCAGAUCUGGUAAUCUAAUUGCCUGGGACCUUCCAUUCAUCAAGAUCUCAAGCGAAUGUCAAAUUUCACGCGCUUGGACCUAUCUCCUCGAAUAUCCAUGCUGCUGCAUCUUUUGAUGAGUAUAUGUCUAUUCCGUCAUCGUUUUCGUUCUGGCUGCCAUUUUCAACUUCUGGACUUGGCCAAUCGUUUACUGCGCUGUUGUUGUUAAGACAAGUCACUGUUCAACUUUCCGCUUGCCGGGUAACCUCGACAGGCAGAAAGAGCUACGAUCCUGGAUCUCGGAACUGCACAAGGGUCCUUUACGACCAUGAAAACCAGUUAGAUCUAUUAUAUAUAUCUUAAAUGCGCUCAAUGCCUAUUUUCAUUGUCUAUUGAA